CCGUAGAGAGGCAGCAUGAGCCCGGCCACUCAAGACCCCCGCCCCGCCGAGACCCCUGGUCGUCCCGGACUGCUUCUCAACGCACCGACCACGAGGAUGAUUCUCCAAUUUGAACCCUUUUCCGGCAUGUCCCUUACCCCCCGACUAAGCCCCUCCUCCUCCUCCUCGUGACCUCGAGAAGCCGCCAUGUCGUCCUUUAACUCCAGCGUCCUCCUCGGUAACUCCAGCGCGGCGGCGGCGGCGGGCGCCCCCGGCCACGACUACGGGGGCAACAUCUACCGGCCCUUCUCCGUCUUCAGCGUGCUGACGCUCACCCUGCUGGCCAUGCUGGUGGUGGCCACCUUCGUGUGGAACCUCCUAGUGCUGAUGACCAUCCUUAGGGUGCGCACCUUCCACCGCGUGCCCCACAACCUGGUGGCCUCCAUGGCCAUCUCCGACGUGAUGGUGGCCGCCCUGGUCAUGCCCCUCAGCCUGCUCCACGAGCUCAACGGCCGGCUGUGGAAGCUAGGCCGCGUGCUCUGCCAGGUGUGGAUCUCCUUUGACGUGCUCUGCUGCACCGCCAGCAUCUGGAACGUCACGGCCAUCGCCCUCGACCGCUACUGGUCGAUCACGCGGCACCUGGAGUACACGCUGAAGACGCGCAAGAAGAUCUCCAACGUGAUGAUCGGCCUCACCUGGGUGCUGUCCGCCAUCAUCUCCCUGGCGCCGCUGUUUGGCUGGGGCGAGACGUACACCCAGGGCUUCAAGUGCCAGGUGAGCCAGGACCCCUUCUACACCAUCUUCUCCACCUUCACGGCGUUCUACCUGCCGCUCUGCGUGGUGCUCUUCGUCUACUGGAAGAUCUACAAGGCCGCCAAGUUCCGGAUCGGCUCUCGUAAAACCAACAGCAUCACGCCCAUGGGCGAGGUGAAUGACGGCUCUCUUCAGCCUCAGAUGGCGUUCGCGGCGCGCCACGCCACCGUCACCUUCCAGACGGACGGGGACACCUGGCGCGAGCAGAAGGAGAAGAAGGCCGCCAUGAUGGUGGGCAUCCUGAUCGGCGUUUUCGUCCUCUGCUGGAUCCCCUUCUUCAUCACCGAGCUGGUCACGCCCCUGUGCUCCUGCGACGUCCCGCCCCUCUGGAAGUCCGUCUUCCUGUGGCUGGGCUACUCCAACUCCUUCUUCAACCCGCUCAUCUACACCGCCUUCAACAAGAACUACAACAACGCCCUGAGGAACCUCUUCUCCCGCCAGCGCUGAGGCCACACCCCGCUACCGUCUACGCCUCCGGGGGGGGGGGACUUUAAUGAAGAUGAGAGAACGAUGAGGGCUUUCAUUACUUGGUGUGGGAGGUUUCACCAUCAAGACAACGGUUAGGAGACAUUGAGAACAGUUUGACGCCCGUGAGGAGGUGAAGGGUGCUUCGGACGAGUGGAUGUUUCGGCGCAAGACUUAUCCGAGGACCACCUGACAACAACGAAGUCAAGUCACGUCACGUCGAGAACAAUAGGAGUCGGAUUUGAUAACUCAAUGUCGGAAAAAGGCAUGAACUGAUAGACUUGCAUCCAUCUUCUGCUCAACUUGCAGUUGGAACAUAGAGUAGCUAUGAGCCAUUCAUGUUUGACCUGAAAUCGUUUACAUGACAUUCCCAAACAGCUGAACCAUAAUAUUAAAGCUGACG